AUGGAGAAAAUGCUUUACAAGGCGGCCGCCGAGGGGAAUGUACAAGCCUUGCGUAGAAUCACUGGAGAAGAUGGAACUAUUCUGGACAGAAUUACAGUGGAGGAAUUUGGUGAAACUCCUCUCCACGUGGCAGCAAUGUGCGGACACUUCGAUUUCGUCAAAGAAAUCCUGGACUUGAAGCCUCAGGACGCCGGCUGGCCUCAGAGUUGGAUAGCCGAAGGAGGUCUCCCCCCUGCACCUGGGGUCGGCUAA